CCGCGGCUCCGCGUCAGCUCGCCGUGCGUAAUUCCCCGCGAGUCGAGUUGCGCCUUUUUUUCCCGACCCAACUGGUGUUUUGCGGCGGUUGCUGCGCACCGUACCACCAGGAGCGACCGGCAACAUCACCGAGCAGCACUACUUUGAUUUGUAUCAAAUGGGGGGAGUAGACUGCACCAGUGAGAGCCAAACGCCGACAGCGCUUUGAACAGGCGAGCCCUCCGGAGCCGUCAUGUACUAGUGACAGACAACAGUUUGUAGAGCAACAAGAAACCGCAGACAGCGACAAACAUGAGCGGCGGAGAAAUCCUCUUCCAAGGCUGGCUGAGAAAGUCACCGCCGGAGAAGAAACUGAGGAGAUAUGCGUGGAAGAAACGCUGGUUCAUACUUCGCAGUGGCCGCAUGAGUGGUGACCCUGAUGUUCUGGAGUACUACAAGAACGACCACUCCAAGAAACCCAUCCGGGUCAUCGACCUGCACUGCUGCGAGCAGGUGGACGCUGGCCUGACCUUUAAGAGGAAGGAGUUCCAGGACAGCUUUGUGUUUGACAUCAAGACCUCAGAUCGCACUUUUUACCUUGUAGCCGAGACUGAGGAGGAGAUGAACAAGUGGGUCCGCUCCAUCUGCCAGCUGUGUGGGUUCAACCAGUCAGACGACAACCAUGAUGGCAGGUUACACCAUAUGCCCCGUUCUGUUGGAGCAGAUGUCACCGGCUCAAUGGCUCCUCUGACCGGAGAACGCAAGUCCUCUGCCCCCAUCCACUCCAGCCAGCCAGUCCUCUUCACCUUUGAUGUGCCUGUGCGCCACACACAUCAUAGCUCCCUGUCCAACAGUGCUCCCCAGGACUACCUCCUCCUCCACCAGUGCAUGAGCAGGAAGACGGAGAGUGCACGGAGUGCCAGUUUCUCUCAAGCCACACGAAGCAGUCUAUUUAUGGGGAGCGACUCUGCGGUUCAGAAACUCUCCCAUGGCUUUUCACACUGUCUGGAUGGCAUGGGUGCUCAGUUGCACGGCUUCUACAGCCUGCCCAAGUCAGGAAAACACCAGUUACCAUUGCACGAUGCCUCCCCCCAGGAGGCCUGUUACGUGCUUCCGCGUGGCUACAGCUCCGAGGCACCGGCUCACAGCAGUCUAGGUGAGCCUGAGCUGGAGAACGAAGAGGUUUACACCUUCAAGACGCCCUGCAACGCCCUCGCCACUAUGCACAGCAAUGAGCGUCCGCCUGACAAUUACGACCUUCCUACGCCACCUGGCUCCUUCUACCAGAUCCCCCGGACCUUUGAUAAGAAUCAUAAUGCCUUGACACCCUCCAGCUCUGAGUCGUCCUGUGCUCCUCCUCCCAGACCCCCUAAACCUAGCCAGGGGUCAGAGGGGCAAUGGGGGAGUCCCCAAUCAGUAGGGAGCCAGAAUGGUGAGGUGACGCCUGCAGUGUCAGUUAUCCCACGCAGGAAUACUCUCCCUGCUGUCGAGAACAUCAGGCUGCACAGAGGCUCCUCCUUUGAAACUAACAGCCAUCACCGUCCCAUCCAUUUCAACAACUCAGACCAGUCUGUGGAGUCUGUCAAUGAUGGGUUCAGCUCCUACCUGAGAACCAAAGCCCCUCUGACUCGCUCAGACAGUGGAAACUCAGAUGACAACUACGUGCCCAUGAAUCCUGGCUCCUCGCCACUCAGCGCUGCCCAGGCUGACAGUCCUAAGAAUAUCUACAUCCCUAUGAGCCCUGGGCCCCAUCACUUUGAUUUCCCAGGAUUCUCUGCAACAUUACCUGCCCGUAAGGGGAGCAGCGCCUCCCUGUGUCACCGGCCCAGCCGUCUCAGUGAUGUCACCCCACCACCCAUCAACCGCAACCUCAAACCUAACAGGAAAUCGAAGCCAACACCUCUUGAUUUGAAAAACAAUGGGAUCAUUGAUGAGCUGCCAUUUAAGAGCCCAGUCACCAUGUCCUGGACACGGCCCAUGCCUGCUAUGAACUCCAUGUCCUCUCAGCAUUGUCGACCCAUUUCUACACAAAGCAUCACCAGCACCGACUCUGCAGACAGUGAGGAGAAUUAUGUGGCUAUGCAGAACCCAGCGUCUACCUCCCCAGCCGUGAGUGGCACCAGCAGCCCAGCUCAUAGGAAGUGUGGCAACGUGGACUACCUAGCACUGGACUUCCAGCCUGGGUCACCCAGCCCACACAGAAAACCCUCUACAUCCUCUGUUACCUCUGAUGAGAAGGUGGACUACGUGCAAGUUGACAAGGAGAAGACCCAGGCACUGCAAAGCACUAUGCAGGAGUGGACCGAUGUGCGGCAGUCUACUGAACCUGCCAAGGGUGUCAAGUCCUGACACUGACCUGUACAAAAGAAAUGACAAAAAGACAAAACAAAAUUCCAAUCUUAAGUCAAGCAUCUCCAGUAUCAUGUUUCUAUCAUUACUAUGAAUACUGGUUGGGCUUGUUUGAGACUGAAAUAUUUGGACAAUAGCCAUAACUUAUCCUAUGCCUGUUCGCUGUGAUGAUUUUUACUGCAAUGCACUGCUAACAUGCAGGAUAUCAGGCCAUACAGGUGAAGCGUCCUGCCAAAGCUCUUCAUGCAGACUGUUACAACAGUGUAUGGACAACAUGUAUGAAAAUAUCAUCCGCACUCAUCAAUCCGUCCUUUAUAAAUUGCAAGUUUCAUCAAAGCUGUCUCACCCGCCCCCUCUGCAACAAUCACACUUUUUUUUUCUCAUCUAGCAGGCAAUUUACCCAAUUGCUGCCAUUUGGAAGAGUAGCGGAGGCUAACUGGUCGAUAACCAUAUUAAUAUACUGAAAGAGUAUGCUUACUGAUCUCAGGAAUGCCAAGAUGCACUCCAAUCUUGGCAUGCAGGCAGACUCUCUCUUUUCACUUCAAUCUAUCAUAUGUGCUGAGUCUUGCAGAAGCAGUGAAGAGAUUAUUUUCACUGCGGGCAAUCAUUUCAGCUUAGCAGUGCAUGUCUGGUAAGAGGAGGCGGAAAAAAUACAGCCUUACAAGUACGUAAAGGCCUGUGUCAGAAGCCCCAGUGAUAACUGUACAUGGCUGUUUCCUCAGUUUCAAUUAAGUAUGAGUCCAAACUGUAUUUAAAAGCUGUCAGGCUGGUUGGCAGGCCAGUUUUUUCAAUGCAGGUACAAAGUCAGUAACGUCCAAAUGUACAGAAUGAAGAAAACACGACAGACGAAAAAGAAGCAUCUUGUAUCUUUGUAGGUUUGACUUUAGUGGUCAAUUCACUUCAGGUAAUAUUCUAAUACAUUUCAUUGUAAAUGUGCACUGACCAAGAAAAUUGAGUGAGAGGAAGUAAAAAUAAAGCAGGAGGUGUACUUUCCAGGGAGUUCAGAUAUCCUCUCUUUCUGUCUCUCUCCCUCUUUCUCUUUCUCCAACUCUCUAGAGACCAUAAAUACAAGCUAAGCAGAAGGAGAAUUGCAUAUUUAUGUUUUCUGGAAUUCAACGAUUCACUGAUGUAUAUCCUCGGUGUUUGAUAUGCCACACACUACAGCUAUGUCUCUGUAGAGUAAUUGUUUCCUGUAUGUAAAUUAUUAAUAGAAUGACAUGUUUGCAGUGCAUCUUGUUGACUGUUAGAAAUUUGAUGCACUUGUCCGAGACAAAAAGUGCACUACGGUUAUGUCAAAUUGUGCUUUUCUUGCAAAGGCAACCUGCCACAAUGAAGAUUUGCCAGUGAUCAUAGUCACUAAAAAAUAGUUGAGGAAAGAAUGUUUUGUUAAUUUCCUAAACUCUUCUAUUUGUUUAAUUUGCCUUAUAUUUUAAUUUCAGUUUCGACUGUAAAUUUUGCCUUGGAGAAAUUUCACUGUUCAAAAUAUUGUGCAAGUAAGAGCCAUAUGGUAUUUAGAAGAACUGAAUGAUCAGUUUCUAGUUCAAGUCCAGUAUUUCAUUGUGGGCUGGAACCACUGAAGGGUGAAUUGCUAUUUGAUCUUAAUAUAAAUAGUGUGGCCAUGCAAUGCUAGAUGGUAUUAUUGAUUAUUUCAUUAAGAUUUACUUCUUAAUGUUUUUCUACCAUUUUUACUGCUUUUUGUAUUUUUUUAACAUUAUUUUCUACUGAUAAGUGUAAGCAAGUGAUAUUCUCAAGGACAGGGCGAGGCUAAAUUAAGCUGAGUUUGUUACAGUGUGUAUUUCAUUCCUUUUUAAAUUCCCAAAUUUUAUGAUCUAUACAUGAAAUGGGGAGGCUGGCAGUUUGAGUUGCGCUGGCAAAGCCCUUCCCAAGUGAACUGUGAUUCACAAAGAGCAAGAGCGAGAGAGGAAUGAAAAGACUGAAGAAAAGUCUGUCUCCCUGUCAGUCUCUGAAGUGAAAUGGAUGUGUAAUUUAUUAUCUAGAGAGACCCGUUGUAACAGUAAAGCUGUAUAUGUGUUGUGGUAGAUUGUGAGUUGUAGUAUGUUAAAUGACAGCCUGACUGGGUGAGAUUGAAAACACUGCUCAGAUCUACUGUCAGACUGUCACUGGGUUGACGUACUGUACUAGUAGAGAUCAUUUUUUUAACCACUGUUAUUGCUACUACUGUAAACCAUUUGCAGAUUGCUUGUGUGUUAAUUUAUUAAUUUAUUGUGCGUUUUGCAGUUGAUAAUUGUAAAAGGAAAAAAACAACAACAGCCAAACAAGGAAACCCUCUCUCUACUAACACUGAUGUAUGCAAACUGUCUUGAUUUUGUGAAGCAAUAUGACAAACGAUGCCAGUGUGAUGGUAAUGUGGUACAGUUCAUUUGGGAUACACAAGAAUACAAGACUUUGUUAUUCCUGUAUUAUGGUAGACUUAAACUGUGGACAUAGAAUAAAUCAAGAAGUGAAAGUUUGGUGCUAAAGUUCCUCUUUAAAUAUAAACCAAAAUACUGUUUUCUGGCAGCCAUUACUCAUCUCCCACCCGCACAUUCCUAAUUGGUCUGUGAUGCACAGAAGUUGAAUGUCUGCUGCCCCCUGUUGUGUAGGACAGCAGCUGCAUCCAUUGGCAUCCAUAAAGUACUAGAUGGCAAUGUACUGUUGCUUAAAUUGACCGUUCAACACAUAGUUUUGAAAGCUGAUACCACUAUACCAAAAACGUAUAAUAAUGUGCAGUACC